AUGCGGCCAUCUCUCUUGCUCUUUGUCACCACUUUACUGGCCACUUACGCCUUAGGUGGUGGUCUUGCGGGUGCCCUAGAGAAGGUCUUCCUUUGGGACUGUUACCAAAUCGCCUGGGAAUGGCAGGGCACCGAGCAGAGAUACAUUCCACCACUGGGGAAGGGCCGUGACUUGAUCGUCAAUCAUCGGGGAUCUGGUCCAGGCCAGAUGAUGACGUUCGGAGAAUUCAUAGGUCUUAUCACCAACAAGAAAACUUGCGAAGUUGCACCGCCAGGCCCAGAUCGAGAUGGAUACUUGGUGGCCCUGGAGCUCGAGGAAGCCAAAUAUGGUCAAGAUGUGCAAGUCCAGAGAAUCGACGAAAACUAG